AUGAAAUAUUUGUUAAUUAUUCUUGCUUUUUUAAUGAUUUUUGUGGUUACUGUUAAUAGUAUUACUUGUGAUCAGUUUAAUUGUUAUUCAACAUGUAGAGCGAGAUGCAACGGAAAUUAUUAUUGUGCCAAAUACCAAUACGCUUGUUUAAAAAAUGGCUGUUGUAAUAGUGGAUGA